AUGGCUACCCUUUGGUCAGUCAUGGUUUUCAUGGCUUGUUUCUCUUCACUAGCUUUAUCUUCUUCUCAAAUCCAUGCAGUUCAAUACUCCAGUAUAUCAGCUGCCCCUGCAUUCUUGCCAGCUGCUCCUCUAUCUUCUUCUCCUGGUUUACCCCCAGAUAUUGAGCCUUUACUUCCUACUCCUAAAGGUAUGGCACCUUCCCCUACUGAGUCAUCAUUCCCCACCAUUCCUUCAAGUCCUAGCCCUCCUAACCCAGACAGUAUGUUGGCUCCUGGCCCUGGUUUUGCACCUUCACCAUUUGGGUCCUUACCAGCAUCCACUGCGGUUUCUUUAGCUUCAGCUGGAGUUCUAAAUUCGACAUUGUUUUUUGGGUUGCUUGUGGCACUAUGCUUAUUGCAGCAGCUUUCUGGUGUGUAAGGUACUGUUUUGGUGGCAACCCCCAAUUAUUGUGCUUAGUGGAGUACUGGUUUCACUUUUCUUUUUCUUUUUUAAUGUUCUAUAUAUUAUUUCUUUCUUUUUGUUUUCUAGUAUAUAUUACUUUAGUUGGAUGUUAGUUAAACCAAGUGUAUGGCAUUUGCCCCAAACUAUUUUUCUUGAGACUGAACAAAGGUUUUAAGGAUUAA